AUGACAAAAUUUACAAAUGACUAUAUAGUAUUACUAAGUUUCAUAAUAAUAUGUUACGUCAGGAUAAUAUCGAUCAAAGCUCAGAGCCCUAUAACUAUCCAGUUAUUUGAUUCAAUAAUAUCAAACGCAACUAUAAAAUCUGGACAAACAAUUCAUUACAUGUAUAAUGUUAGUCAAGCAGGAAAUGUACUGCUAAGGAACAUUAGGAGAGAUAUAUCAACAGAAAAGACAUCAUUGGAAACCGAUAAUUCACAAAUUGUAAAAAAUAAUCUGAUAACAAAUAACAUAUUUAUAACGUUGACAAUUUGUAAACAACCGCUUUCAGCUGAAAAUAACACAAUACCGGAAACAUUACAAAUAUUUUAUUCUAAUUACUCGGUACCAAGUGCAGACGAUAGUAAUAGCAACCCAAUUAAUUGGGAUUAUGGGUUUGCAUCAAAAAAUUUAACAAAUUAUGAGGAAAAUGUGCUAUACAUAGGAGUUUUUGCUCCUACAUUUAACGCGGAAUUUGCAGGGGAUUAUAAUUUUCAAAUUGGAGUCUCAUCAAAAGAUGCGAAAUUUAUAGAUUAG